CGAUCUCGGGCUGCACUCCCAAACCUCCGUAUCUGCCCGCUCACACCGGCCGUGGCCCUGCGUCGCCUUGACUCCAGAUCGCCCUCGCUUCUGCACCGCGCACCGGCAUCUUCUGUCCCUAUCCGUGUCUGUGGAAAAGACUAUCUCUUCCGCCGGAUCCCUCAGCUCGCACCGCUCCCGUCGCCGAUCGACCACCCAGCCCUCUCCGCCAUGGCCGAAGCCGUCGCCCUCUUGCGAAAAUACACCGUCGACCAGACCCAAUAUGUCCUUCUCCGGACCGAAGACCCCGGCUCCCAGGUGUCUGACAUUGACCAGGCCGCUUACUUGCUCUUCCCAGCGGAAAACAAGGUCUUCCGGCUGCAGCAGCCGUCGUCGUAUCGCGAGUACUCGCUCCAGACCAUCCUGUACUUUCUGCAGUAUCGCAAGCUCGACCACUCGGCCUAUCUCCAAGCCUGCGGCGAUCGCGACAUCGAGACGGUUUCGUUUAUCCACAGGAAGGAGCUGGAGGGAUAUCUCAUCGGCACCCUGGAUGCCUCUGCCAUCAACCUGAACAUUCCCGACUCUGUUCUGGGCAAGCGCCCGGCUGAAGACAACGUCGAUGCUGCGAAACGGGGACGUCUGGAUGUGGCGCCCGCCGAGGGACUGAACUCGAUCAAAUGGAUCACGGACCACGAGCGCACCGUCUACAACCGAGCAAGCAUUCUGUCCAUCAAGAGCACCAGGAACUUUUUGGGCCUGCAAAAGCUGGCCGCAGAGAUUUUCGGAAAGCGGACCAAGCAGCCGCCGCCCCAGCACCCACCAACAGCCGCAGCCAAGAACGGUCCGCCCCGCGAUCCUGCUCGCCCUGCCGCACAGUCCCGUCUGCCGCAAAAACCACAGCCCCCGACUACAACACACCCAAUCUCAAAUACCUCAGACAAGCCGCGUGCGGACCCGCGAUCGUCAUCGUCCUCGGUGUCAAAACCGACGUCUUCCAGGCAGGACAACAAGGCCAAGGGCACUCCCAUUAUCGUUGUCCCGGCCAUUGCAACUUCGCUGAUCACGCUGUACAAUGCACCACAGUUCCUGCGAGACAGCGUGUUCCAGCCGUCUGAGGAGAUUCGACAGGCCGCCAAGCAAAAGCCGCUUCCUGUCACCAUUGAGCGACCCAACACCGCCACCCGAACUGGCCCGAAAUCCUUCCAGAUCACCGAUUCACCGGAGCGGCUGACGGCCGAGGAAUGGGACAAUGUCGUCGCCGUCUUUGCCACGGGCCAGGCCUGGCAGUUCAGUCGAUGGAAGUACAACCAGCCCGUGGACCUCUUUUCGAAAGUCAAGGGAUUCGCGCUCAAGUACGCCGAUGACCCCAAGAACCCCUGCGCUAACUGGAAUGUCGAAGUCCUGAACAUCCACAAGAGCCGUCGCCACCUGGAUGCCCAGAGUGUUUACGACUUCUGGAGCCACCUGGACGAGUGGAUCGCAACUCACAAGCGCAACCAGUUCGCCUGAAGCUGCAUCUAUCGGAACCUCAGUGGAGUCGGCGACAUUGUCUGUGCAAUAGUCUAUAGGAUGGCAU